AUGGUUCAGAAAAUAAUGAAAGAGAAGCAGAAAAAGAUUGGUGGGAUGGGGAGAGGUGUUUGUAGGUCAAGUGAUGGUGGAGUGGGUGAAGAGUUGAAGAGGAUGUGGAGGCUACUGUUUGACAAUGAUAUUGGUGGAGAUAGGCAGGUUGCAUUUAAUAAUGAAAUUCGAACCCCAAGUGUCACUCUUGAAGGUGAUAUAUUUCAGCCAAGCGGUCUUUUGACUGGUGGAAGCCGCAAGGGUGGCGGUGAUUUCUUAAGGCAACUUCAUGAUUUGGCAGAGGCUGAUUCAGAACUUUCUACACAUCAAAAAAAGUUGUCUGAAAUUGAAACGCAGAUUGCAGAGCUCCGGCCUCUUCAGAAAAAGUUCAUGGACCUCAAAGCACAGCUAGAGCUGAAAUCAUAUGACCUUAAACUGUUUCAGGGCAGGGCUGAGCAAAAUGAGCAUCAUAAGCUCAGUGAAUUAGUCAAGAGGAUUGAGCAGGAGCUUGAAGAAACAAAAUCCGCGGCUAAAGAAAAGCAACUUUUGUAUGAAAACUGUGUUAAUACAGUUUCAUUGCUCGAGAAAUCUAUCAAAGAGCAUGAUAAUAAUCGGGAGGGCAGGCUCAAGGAUUUGGAGAAAAAGAUUAAGAUGAUAAAAUCUCAAAUGCAGUCAUCUUCCAAAGCUCUCAAGGGGCAUGAAAAUGAGAAGGAGAGGCUUGUUAUGGAAAUGGAAGCUGUUGUAGAGGAACGUGCAUCCUUAGAGACUCAACUAGCUUGUUUGAGACAACAAAUUGAUAGUCUUACUGCUGAAGUAGAAGAACAUAAAUUGAAGGUUGCUGCCACAAGGAAUAAUCAUGAACAGGCUCAAUCGGAGCUUGAUUUGAUCCGUUUGAAAAUGAAGGAAUGUGACUCCCAGAUUAGUUGUAUUCUUAAGGAGCAGCAGAAACUUCAGCAUAAACUUAGUGAGAUUAAUCUUCAGAGGAAGAAGAUGGAAAAUGAGGUAAAAAGAAUGCAGAUGGAACAAAAAGAUUGCUCUACAAAAGUAGACAAACUGCUAGAGAAGCAUGCAUGGAUUACAUCUGAGAAACAGUUAUUUGGAAGACGCGGAACUGAUUAUGAUUUUUCAUCUUGUGAUCCUUUUAAGGCAACCGAAGAACUUGAGCGACUGCAGGCAGAACAAUCAGGCCUCGAGAAAAGGGUGAACAAGAAAGUGAUGGCAAUGUUUGAGAAAGCAGAAGACGAGUACAAUGAAUUGAUGUCGAAGAAAAACAUCAUUGAGAAUGACAAGUCGAAAAUCAAGAAGGUCAUAGAAGAGCUAGAUGAGAAAAAGAAGGAAACGCUAAAAGUUACUUGGGUUAAAGUUAACAGUGAUUUUGGAUCUAUCUUUUCCACCCUGUUACCGGGAACCUUGGCAAAGCUAGAACCUCCUGAAGGAUGCAGCUUCCUUGAUGGUCUUGAGGUUCGUGUAGCAUUUGGAGGUGUUUGGAAACAAUCCCUGUCAGAACUCAGUGGAGGCCAACGAUCUUUGCUUGCACUUUCUCUUAUCUUGGCUCUACUCCUUUUUAAACCAGCUCCACUUUACAUAUUGGAUGAGGUUGAUGCAGCACUUGAUCUAAGCCACACUCAGAACAUAGGGCGAAUGAUUAAAACUCACUUCCCACACUCCCAGUUUAUUGUGGUCUCACUGAAAGAAGGCAUGUUCAAUAAUGCUAAUGUUCUUUUCCGGACAAAAUUUGUGGAUGGUGUUUCCACAGUUCAGAGGACUGUUGCAGCUAAGCAGAGCAAGUGAUUGCUGUUGUAUUGUAUUUGUGAGGUCUUUCCAUGUAAUUCUACUUGAGGAUUAUAUAUAUAUAUAUAUAUAUAUAUAUGUUAUGAGAAAUCUGCAUGAUGUAAAGUAGAACAAUUAACAGAUGUUAUAACCCUACGUUUUAAGGUGGUCAUCAAGUUGGAUAGAAGCACAUGUGAAGGUGGAUGAAAAUAUUGAAGGGAGUGAAAUGGAAAUUGUUAUUUA